UUUUUCCCCCCCUUUUUCUCCUUUUGGAGAGUCUGUUCUUCUGUCCAGUUGAAAAAAAAAAAAAAACAAGCUAGACAAAAAGGGCGGCAGAAAGCAAUUGUCCGGUAAAAUUUUGCAUAAAUGAUUACACAACCCACCAAGUUGCCCACAUCUUUGACCUAACCCACAUCCUCCAUCCAUCUCCUCACCACAAAAACCAAAAAACCAAAAAAAGAAAAAAAUCAAAAAAUACUCACACCCAGUCUGUGGACAUCUUUCACAUCCACUCGAAACAUUUCCAAUUUCUCCUACCCCAGUUUGGGUAAGCUCACUCGAUACCUAAUCAAUCCCUGUUCCAUAGUCCCGAAAAUUUCCGACCGGUUCAGUUUCUUGUCAAAUUCCUCCUGUUGGAUAAACACUCGACUAUCCUAACACUUACUCAGACCAUCCCCUCACUGGCAUACCCUUGAACACACGUAGCAUCUUUGGCCAGAAUCUGUUGAAUUUGAAUUCCAUAUCGUCCGUCAUGGCUGCUGAUCCAACUCCGGAAGUGACCGAACUUCCAGCCAACCAGGAGAAAAAUGAAGAGGAGGCCAAGCAAUCCCAAAAUGAUACCACACCGGCAGACCCGGAACCCGCCGGGUUCCAACUCUCGAUUUUCAUCCCUCGUCCCAACUUCUGCUCGGAGGUCAACCUGACACCCUCCCAGCCAAACGCAGAUCCAGAACCCGAAUCCGAGUACAUCGAGCUCAUUUUACCGGCCCAUGGACCAGAGACCAUCCGAGAACUCCAGCAAUCAGUCAUUGAAUCCGCUGAAGGCUGGUGGCUUGGAUCUAUCGGACUGGCCAGCGUCGAACUCGAUCCAAAUGGCAAACCAGACCCGCAGCAGUUGUCAGUUCGAACCGUCUACGGAGAGUUUGCCGAGUUAUCAUCAGCCUUCCAAUCCGAUAAAUUCAAGGAUCCAGAUGCGAAGCGAGCGUUACUGGCCAUUAACAUCGACUACACCGAAUACUCGGCUCGUCUUCACGUCAUUAGACUACGAGAUGUUUUGUACUCCCAAGCCCCAGGCCUUCUAGUAGGGAACCCGACUCCCUUCCCGCCCUAUGAUCCAUCUCAAAUCGGUAUCUCCGGUGCCGUCAGCCUUUUCCCUUUCGUCCGAGGAGAUCAAGGCACUACCGGCGCCGAUUCGCCGGCUUGUGAGCAAAAUUUGACCGAUCAGCCGGGCACAGGUCCAAGCAAAAACAAAAAGAAGAAGAAAUCAUCACAGCCAACUUCAUCAAUUGUCAACAUGCCUCAAGCUGCACCAGAGCCUGCUGCCCAAGAGUCCGCCAUUGAAAGUUUAGGCAACUAUCGCUUCAACUCAUCCAAUCCGUUCGGAGUUUUCAGUUCGUUAAUGGGAGAGCAGUCAGAACCUCGCGAACCAAACCUUUCUGCUCGCUAUCUCAAAUCAUUUGCGCUCUCCACCUGGAACUCUCCUCCCCAUCAUUAUCGCUUACGUGGCCACUAUCUCUAUCUAGCUAUCACUACCUUCGAGAACGUCUCUUACGAAAUUACAUGCCACACUAAAGGUUUCUACGUCAAUAAAUCCACCAAAACUCAAUUUGAUCCGUCUCCGUCCAGCGACUCGUCCCCCGAUUCAGUCUAUUUUCACACACUCACCCAAUUGAUCUGUACUCUCUCGCCAGCAUUUGUCAAGCAAGUUACCCAGACCUGGAAUCGGGCUCUGAACCCGGCCUUUCCCGAUUUCUUCACCUCAAUCUCAAUCACUAAUUGUUUGCCAGCCUUCCCCUGGCUCGUCAAUCCGGAGAAACCUUCUCCUGAUGCUAUCCGAUCCCAGUUGGCAUACUUGAUAACGGGUAGCACGACAGCCGAAACCUUGCCGCCUGCUCGCGACUGGGCUGACGAGUUCGCGCAAGCUCGGGAGCUCCCACGCAAAUCGCUUGCUGAACGUAUCCUGAGGGAAAGGAUAUGGAGUCGACUCCAGUCUGACUUCAGCAUGGCUGCCACCAGGGGUGUAAUCAGCUGUAGCAGGGGCGAGGUGCCCGCCUUGAACCCUCAAGAGCCGGAAUCUGCUUGGACUUACGUGCUCAACAACAUCCUCUUCAGUCGAGCCGAAGACCCUAUCGGCGCUUACGAACAUCUUGGCGGUACCGCUGCAGCUCGUGCCAUCGCAAGCAAAGACCUCCACAGCAUCAAGUAUCUCAACCAACUUGAUGUUCCCGGCAUUUACACUAUGGGCAGUGCCGUCGUCGAUUAUCAUGGGAAACGUUGGAUAGCCCAGGGUAUGAUCCCUGGAAUCUUCCGCCCCCCAGACCUCGAGGCUGAGAAGGCACAGCAAGAUCUCGCAGCUCAACAAUCACAAAUCAACGGGCAUUCAACACCCGAUGACAAAGACGAGGGCGACUGGGAAAAAGUCAACAGAUCUCUUCCGGUCACACCCCAACUGGGCACAGUCGCCGUCCCUGAAGAGGUUUCCCCACCGACUACCUACGAUAUUCUCUAUGGAAGUGCCGAUAUUGAGAAACCAGAGAUGGGAUUGAGAUCGGAUCCCAAGUUCCAUCGACUGGCUGCCCAAGUCGCUGCCGGUUUCAAUCUUUCUGAGCACGAUGUGAUUGAUGUCAAUGGUCGAACACACCGUCUAUGGCUCAGUGCAGAUGUUCAUGGUAUCAGAGCUACUGAUGGCAGAUGCUACCUGAUAGAUUUGUACCGAAUGGCGCCUCUUGAUGUAUCUUUCAUCGAGAAUGACAUUGAUGGACCCAUCCUAGACGGUAAAACUCCAAUUUCCGAGCCGGCCGUCUCCAAAACAUCAGCCAAGCCUACUCAGGACACCUUUCCUCAUCGAUUUACCGUAGUCCGGACGGAAGCAAUCAAUGCCUUCAAACAACACAAGUUCCGUCAAUUCGCCCUCAAUCACAUCAAGAAGCAUAAGCAGCAGCAGCAAGCUUCCCAAGCAACUGCCGACUCGAAAACUGAUGGAAAACCUAUUGAGGCAUCAACAGAAGGACUUGGAGAAGAUGUUGUCGUGGACCCAGACAUGUCGACGGACGAUGGCUCGGAUGCGUCGGUCAAAGAGAACUUCGAGUUUGGCUUAAAUCCUGAUGCUUUUGUUGAUCGAAAGGAUCAACCCUGGACACUUCCCCAGGACAAAGAAGACCAAGGUAUGGCCUUGGUCAAAGAGCUUUCCAAGUACGUCCGGGAACAGCUCUUGGUCACCGUUGUUCAAGAUUUAUCCGAAGUCAAAGGAUUGCCUGCAGAUGGUAGACGUCUGAGUGACUUUUUGCAUUCCCGUGGAGUCAACAUUCGAUAUCUUGGUCACAUAACCCAUCGUUUGCAAUUACUCGCCACUGCACUAUCUGCAUCACCAGACAACAAGACCGAUCAAAACGUGAUCUUGAAUGCUUCGAUCGGCUUACUGCAAAGUGAAAUGGUCUUCCGGGCUUGCAAGCACAUCUUGAACGAGAUGCUGCUCAACACAUCUGAGAACGAAGCUUGCCACUGCAUCUCACACUUCCUCAAUUGCCUUCUAGGCCAAUCCGCUGCCGUCCCAUCCUCCGAGCAACAUCUUGAUUCAUCUUCCACUUGGAGAACUUGUACUCGCCACUCACUGAGAAGUCUAAUCACCAGCUCAAUACGUCGUCGUUUCCGAUACGCUCUACCGAAUUCUUACUUCACUCAACGGCUCCCCCGUACCAAAAUUCAAUUGUUGAGAGAAAUUUGCACGCGUAUGGGGAUUCAGUUGUGCUUACGUGACUACAACCUGUGCUCUCCAUUACCGGAAGCGAUUACUAAUGGACACGCCCAGGUCGUCAACGAGCAAGUCCAGAAAAACGCUGAGACUGUACAAGCCACAGAAGAGCCAGUGCCCGCUACCAAUGGACAUACGAACUGCACAGAUGAUGAAAAUUCGACCGAAGGAGCGACGCCGAAUGAGUCAGCAGCGCCAUCUGCGCCCAAGCAGCUCAAGAAGAAGAAGAAAUCGAAGUCGAAGAAAGGGACAGCUUCCUCUUCCGGAAGUGCUGACGGGCAAACCUUUUCACCGAGUGAUAUCUUGAACAUACUUCCCAUCGUCCGAGAUUCGACCUGUCGAAGCUCUGUGGCGGAUGAGCUGUAUGCUGAGGGCCGAAAGGCAUUCUCCAAUGGUGAUAUUGCGCUUGGGCAAGAGCUAUGCACAGAUGCCUUGACAACAUACGAACAGGUCUUCGGAUCUGUCCAUCCCGAAAUGUGCCGACAUUGGCACUCAUUGGCAAUCCUUUACCAUCAGCUCUCACAGCGGACCUUGGUUGAGCUCUCCGAAUACAACGAUAGAUUGCUCGAGCUCUCUGCAAUCUAUCACUCUGCCAGCAAUGAGGAGGAUCGCGAGAAAGUCAAGGAACGGAUUGAGUCUUACCAAAGAGAUCGGGAACCAGAAGCGUUGAAAAACGAGAUCGAUACCUACAUCCAACUGGCUGCCAAUAAUCUUCGCAGAGUGUCAUCGUGGCUGAACGUACUCUAG